AUGAGUUCUUCUUCAUCGUCAGCUUAUAAAAAUGCUAUUAAACAACUUCUUACUCGCAUUCAAAUAAAUUCAAAUGAUACAAAUUCUAUCAAUCAAUUAAAUACAAUUAUUGAACAAUUUCUUCAAAGUUAUCGUCUUAAUGGUCUAUUAACUGAAUGUUUACAAUUUUUAAUACAAAUUGUUAAACAAAUAAUUGAUCUUUAUCCAACAAUAAAUGAUUUUCGUCCAUUAAUAAUUCAAUGGUUAAAAUUUAAACGUGAUGUUGAAAAGAAAAACAAAGAAUUUUUUGAAUCAAAACUUAAAUUACGUUCAUUUCUUGAUGUUGCUAUACCAUCAACAUUUAAUCGUACAAGUACAAAAGCAAAAGAUUUUCUUCUAUGUGAACUAUAUGAAUAUCGAAAUGCUAAUAUAAAAUCUACACAAAUGAUUGAUGAACGUCGUGCAUUAGUUCGUUCAUUAUAUGAACAAUUUUUUGGUGAUGGUUCAAAUCAUUUUUUAUGUGCACGAAUUCUACUUGAACAAAUUAAACUUGAUUUAGCAAGUGGAAAUACUUUAGAUGUUGAUGAAUCAAAUAAUUUAGCAAAUCAUCUUCGUAAAUGUUCACCAACAGUUGAUGAUAUACAUGGUAUAGUACAACGUCUAUGGCUUUAUACAGAAUAUUAUUUAAUUAAAUUUCAAGUUUAUUAUUCAAAAUUAACGAAUGAUAUGUCUAAAAAAAUCAAACAAGAUUAUGAAGAACAAAAAAGACAAGCAGCUGAAAAUAAUGCUAUUAAUCAACUUGAAACUUUUCAUGCCGAAUCAAUGACGAUGGAAGCUCAUAAAAUGUUAGGAAAAUAUUCUGAGAAAUCAAUUAUAUCAACAUUAUUUAAAAGUUGGGAUAUAAUCAAAUCGAAAUCAUCAUCUUUAUGCACAAUUGAAAUUCUCAAACGCGUAUCAAUUAUAUAUCCAAAUGAAAUAGAUAUAUUCUAUUCAAAUGUACACACAAUAGCCGCACUAUUUGAUCUUUUUCAAUAUUAUUCGGAAGCAAUGGAAAUCUAUCGUUAUUUACUUGAUCUUUUACCAUCAAAUCAUUCAAGUCGUAUGACAAUAUUAACAGCAUGUAAUCAAUUAGCAAAUAAAUGUUCAAUUAAUCUUGAAGAUCGAUAUAAACCAUUGAUAACUGUUUCAUCUCGUGAUUAUCCAAAAGCAUCAACACAAAUUUCAGCAUUUGAUGUUGAUGAAGCAUUAAAUUUAAUAACAACUGCAGAAAAUUUCUUACAUAUAAAAGAUUUUUCAUCAUGUAAAAAAACACUUGAAUUAUUAGAAAUACGACCGAUUGUAUCAUGUGCAUAUGCAGAUAGUUUUUUUGUACGUUCACAUUUAUAUAAUCUUCAAUCAAAACUUCUAUUAAAUGAUGAUGAACAAUUAAAAGAUUUUAAUCGAAAUGAUUUUCUUGCUUUAGUUGAAGAAAGUCGUUCAUAUUGUGCACAAGAUUUACGUACAUCACUUGAUAUUAUCGAUAUUAAUCGAUUAUCGGAAUUAACACAACUUCAAUUAACUCCAUUAGUUCUUCAUGCACUUCAAAAUUAUCUAUCUCAAGUAGCAUAUUUAAUUUUACUUAAUUUUGAAAUUGGUCUUUAUCGAAAUGCAAAAAAUUAUUUACUUGUUGGUUUAGAAAUUUCAGUUUAUUUACAUGCAAAAAGAUGGUUUACAUUUUUUCUUAUACUCAAUGCACAAUUUUUUAUUUUAUCACAUCAACCAGAUUGUGCUCGACGUAAAUUAGAACAAUUUUCACAACAUUUAUCAACAUUAGAUAUUUGUACAGAUCGUCAACAAGAUUUAUUUAUUGAUUUUAUUCAUUCGUGGUAUGAUUAUAUUAAACUUGAAUAUGAUUAUCAUACACAUGCAUAUGAUCAAAUACGUCAUAUAUGUGAAACAAAAUUAUAUUAUGAAUAUAAACAACAUAAUCUGUCAUUUGAUUGGCAUCGAUUACUUUAUCAUCGUAUACAUAUUUUAUAUCGAUUGACAUGUUUUCAACAAUUAAGAAAAAAUGGAAAAUCAUAUGAAAAUAAAAAACGAUUGAUUUGGAAUAACCUUUCAAAUUCGGAUAAAUAUACUGAAUUUACAUUUUGGACUGAUGCAUGGAUUUCAUUUUUAAAUUUAAUUGAAGAUCAACCACCUGAAAUUCUUGAUAAAUCAUCAUUAUGGCUUCAUCCAAUAAUUAUACCAAAUGAAUCCAAUAUAACUUGUCUACCAGAAUGGACAACAAUGAAUAAUAAUAAGGAAGAGCAACAACAACAACAACAGCAAACAGAUAAUAAAUGGAAUAAUAUAUUAUCACCACCACAAGUUAAUACAGGUCAGCCAUUUGAUUUAAAUUCAUUAACAACAGAUGAAAUACUUUCAUUAACAAAUGAACCUAUAUUACUAAAAACAAAAACUAAAAAACUUAUUGAUACACCACGAGGAAAAACACCAUUUCAAUUAGAUAAUCAAAAAAUGUUAUCUACACCUAAUAAAUCUUCUACAUCAGCAACAACAACAUCAAAUCUAAUGAGUACAUUUCGAAAUAAAAUACCUAUGGAUUCAACAUUAGCAUCACCGAUAUGUACACCUAAUCGUACAGGAAAAAAACUUCCACCAUUAGGUAUAACAAAUAGUAAUACAUCAUCAUCUCGACCACGACGUGCCGCAGCCAUAAAAGCUGAUGAACGUAUACAAAAAAUUCGUAAUGAUGAUAUAGAUGAAAAUUUACAUCGAAUAAAUACAAAUCGAAAUUCACCACGAAUUUUAUCAUCACGUUUAGAUGAAAAUAAUCAUGAACCUAUUGAAUUACUUAUCGAUCAAAUUGAUGCAUUACAUAUUGAAAGAAAACUUCAAUUUGAUGAUGAUGAUGAUGAUGAUAAUGAUAAUGAUAAUGAGAAAGAAAUAAAUAUAUUAUCAAAAUCAAAUGAAAAACUUUUACAACAAUGUAUACAAUUACAUGAUCAUUUAGCAUAUGCUCCAAAUGCAAAAUUAAUGCGUUAUUUAGCAGAAUAUAUUAUUUUAUUAUCUGGUGAUCAGGAUCCUUGGCUUACUGUUAGUUUAAUUGUUGAAAUGCAAGCUAUUGGUUUUCGAUAUAAUGCACUUUGUAUUUAUCAAAGAAAAAAACGUCAUAAUAGUGAUCGAAGUGGUACACCAUUACCAGCAGCAACCAAUGUUUCUCAAGAACAUUUAUCUCAUUAUAUAGAUGCAUUACAUUUUCGUCCAUUAACAAUAUCCUAUUUAAAAGAUAUAUUAAUAAAUGAUCUACUUCCAGCUAAACAAGUUUGUGUAUGUCUUCAUUCAUUUACACUUAUACGUGAUCAAAUACUUGCUGUACAAAUUCGUGGAAAUUAUUAUACACCUGUUAUACGACGUGUUAUAUUUCCAAGAUUAUUAAUAAAAAAAUUUCAUUUUUUAAUUGAAUCUAAUACACAUACAUUACAUGGUAUUAUAGAUCCAAAUCGUUAUUGGGCAAUAAGAAAAUAUUUUGAACAAUUAUUUGAACGUCUUGUUGAAGAUUUAAAUCAAAUUUAUUUAACAUCACCAAUGAGAUGGUGGUGGUUACCUGAAACAAGUAUAUUCGAUGGAAAAAAAGCUAUGAUUGAUGAUCUUCUUACACCAUUAACAAAUUCACCUCAACAACGUCGAUUCAUUGAAUUUUUUCUUCAUCAAACAAUAUUUUAUUUAUCUUCAUUGGAUGAUAUUCGUCAAGAAUUAUCAAUAAAUUUACCAUCAUCAAUUUAUUCUCAACUUGUAUCAAGUCGUUUAGUUGAACGUUUAUUUGAAUUUAAACAACGUACUUAUACAACAUCAUCAAAUCUUCGUUCAUCACAAAAUCUUUUACUUUUUCUUGAUAAUCAUUUACAUAUAUUUCCAUGGGAACAACUUCAUUGUAUGACAUCUCUUUUUCGUCGAAUAGUUAUUUAUCGUUUGCCAUCACUUUUAUUACUUGAUGGUAUGCAUAAAUAUUAUUGUAAUACAUCAUCAGAAUUAGAACAACAAAUUAAUAUUGAAAAUAAUGAUGUAACAAUAAUACCAAUUGAAAAAACAUUUUAUCAUCGUAUUGAUGUUGAUAAAGGUUAUUAUAUAGUUGAUCCUGGUAAUGAUUUACCUCGAACAAAAGAACGUUUUCGUAAAUUUCAAAAUGAAAAACCAGAUUUAAUUGAAAAAUGGAAUGGAGUUAUUGAACGUUUUCCAACUAAUGAUGCAAUUAAAGAUAUAUUUAAAUCAAAAGAUGUACUUUUAUAUAUGGGUCAUGGUUCAGGUAGUCAAUUUUAUCCAGUUGAUGAUGUACAAAAAAAUUCUUCUCGUUUAUGUGUUUUAUUAAUGGGUUGUUCAAGUGCACGUUUACAAUCAUUAGGUGAUUUUGAAGUUUUUGGAAUGCCAUUUGCUUAUUUAACAUGUGGAGCUGCAACAAUUCUUGGAUGUCUAUGGGAUGUAACCGAUCGUGAUAUAGAUAGUUUAACAUUUUUUUUACUUGAACAACUUAAAGCAGGUGCAUCACUUGGUGAAGCAUUACGAUAUGGUCGUGAUCUGUGUAAAUUAAAAUGUUUAAAUGGUGCUGCACCAGUUAUUUAUGGUUUACCUGUACGAGCGCGUUAA